AUGAAUAAUCAAAGCCGAGGCCCGGCUAAGCGCAAAGUGAAGCCGGUUGAGCCACAAUCUCUGUUAGAUUUUGAUUUGGGUGAAGGUGAAAGCUCCGAUGACUCAGACUUUCGGAUAGAGGAUCAUCCAGAAGAAAGUGACGAUUACUCGAUAAACACUGAUGAUGAAGAGAAAAAGGCAGCUGCACAAAGUGAAUCCUCAGAGGAAUCAGGAUCUGAUGAUGAUGAAUUUAAAGGUUCUAACAAAAUAGGAGAAGACAAACCUGUGAACGAUGUUCUGGAAAAAGCAAAAAAGGAAUUUAAGUUUCCAGUUGAAUUGGCAAACCUGUUAAUAUGUGCGGGAUGCCUUGGAUCCAGAAGUGAUGAUUUCAACGAAAUAGUUGAAUGUGAUGGAUGUGGCGUAACUGUACAUGAAGGUUGUUAUGGAGUCUCAGACACAACCAGCGAGUCCAGUACAGUCAGUUCAGCCUCUACAGAACCAUGGUUCUGUGAGGCAUGCAAAGCAGGAGUAACUGACCCUAACUGCGAGCUCUGUCCAAACAAGGGUGGUAUUUUUAAAGAGACAGAAGUUGGAGCUUGGGUACAUUUAGUAUGUGCACUUUACGUACCUGGGGUGGCCUUUUCGGAGGUGGAACGUCUAUCCGGCGUGACGUUAUUCGAGAUGGCGUAUUCCCGAUGGGGGGCGCGUUCCUGCGCCCUGUGUGAGGAUGCGACACUAGCCCGUACUGGAGUAUGUGUCGGCUGCGACGCUGGACUCUGCAAGACUUUCUUCCAUGUCACCUGUGGUCAACGUUCAGGCUUGUUGGCUGAAGCUCACUCGGAGGAGGCUGAACAAGCUGAUCCAUUCUACGCUCACUGCAAGCUACAUUCUGAUAAAGCUCUAGUCAAAAAACGCAAGCGGAACUGGCUUGCUUUGCAGUUGAGAACGGAGAAAAGAAAACUGGAACUCCAAAAUAACCUAAGUACAGACGAGAAACUAAGGAUUCAACGUAAACUAGUGAAGUAUCGGAAGAAGUAUUUGAUUCAGAAAGAGAAUAGGAAUCCUCCAUGGGUACCAACUCAAAAAAUGGCGCGAUUGUUAUACAGUAGUGCGUCAGCUAUGCGGAAAUUUCAGAAAAAAGCCGAAUGCAUGGGCAUUGAUACACAUGCGUUGGAAUUUCAAGAUGCACAGAUGUCAGCACUAAAGGAUGUAUCCCGUCGAUGGCAUGUACCGCCAGCAUUCUCUGUCGAGUUUGUUGGCUACUACUUGGAAAGGAACACCAGAGUGUCAUCCCUCAGGCAGUCGCUUGAACGACUUACGAAGGAAAAUGAGAAGCUAUUGGAAGAUGAUGAUAAAUUACGCUUAGAUUAUGAUGAGGCGUCAAAAGAGAACACAGAAGCAUUAGCAACACUAACGUCGACGAGGCAGGCCCUACUGAAGUUGUAUGAAGUCAUAAUAGCUCUGUGUCCUAAGAUCACGUCACCUCCCAUCUUGGAAGACAAGCCUCUCGUCCCGCCCGAGCUGCCUCGCUCUACACCUAAAGUAACGCCGCAACAAUUACAGAAACGGUCAAUGUCUGUGCCAACUGCGGCUGCACUUAAGAUGGGCGUUGGUUUUCCUCUUAGCGACAACCCGGACGCUCGCCAAGGAAAAGUUUUAUCAACCUCUUUGGAAGCUGCGUCGGGCUCGCUGGCGGGGCGCGAGUGCGCGGCGUGCGGCCGCAGCUCGGAGCAACAUCUGAUGGCGGCGUGCGACACCUGCCAUCAACACUACCAUCUACACUGCCUCAAGCCGCCAUUGCAACGGCCGCCUAAGAAGAGCAAGCUUUACGGAUGGCAAUGCUCUGAAUGUGACAAGACCUCCGAUUCUGAACCUGAAGUGCUGGAAAAGAAAGUACCAAGGAGAUCGAGAAUUCGAUACAGUAAAGACGGUGCUAUCAUCACUGAACCACACAGCCCAGGCUCUCCACCCAAACCAGGCUCAGAGAAAUAUCCUAAAGUUGAGAAAACCAAGUUGGAGACACCCGAAAGUAUAUCUCCUAUUAAAGUAACCAUCAAACCGUUUGAAUUUAGCAGCGACGGUAAUGAGAGCUCCGAAAUUAAAGUGAAAAAAGAAAAGAAAAUAAAGAAGUCAAAACAGAGAGAACAUGCGUCAGCCUCCGCUGGAGAAGGGGAAUCUCCGAGCAAGAAGAUACACAAGCGAAGCUUUACUUCACCUACGUUGACAAAUACCCCAUUGAUGUCCAUCACUCCGAUUGUCGCUGAUAGUCCAAACGACUCGCAUAAUGAGAAUUCAAACGCUUCUACAAAUGUUGCAACUACCAAACGAGAGGAUAGCUUUUUGCCUCAGAACUUGUCGUUCUCAUCUCUUCUAGUGGAAGGCAAAGAAAGAGACAGCAAAGCCAUAGAGAGCUCAAUAGAAAGUACAUUAGCGAAUUUAUCGUCAGAUAUAGCAACUUACAAAGCGAAUAGGAAGCGGAGGAAAGAGAAGCAUAGAUCUAGAUAUUCCCCGGAUCUGUUGCGGUCACCUUCGAAAUCGCACAAACAUAAAAGGAAGAAGAAGACGCAAGAUUUGGAGAAUCCUGAUCCUCCGCAUCCUAGGAUCACUAUCAAGAUUAAGCCUAUUCCAAAGCCAGAUGGGUCUUUAGAUACGCAAAUGUUCUACGUUCCCACGGACAGCAACGAUGGUCCGCCACCUGCAGUAAUGAAGAAGUUAUCUAAGCAAGCGGAACAAGAAGCGGCGAAGCCCCCGCCAGCCCCCGUGGUGGAAGCUGAAGUCGCACCAGCGCCAGAAACUCCCGACACAGCUGCGCUUAAACCUGUGGAGAGUAAACCAGCCGAAUUGAUUGAACCUAAACCAAAGAGAAGUCGUGCCGAGCGAUCACGUCGAGGCGGGUCGGGUGUGAGCAACACUAGCGCGGCCGCGGCGGCGACACCGCUCACACAUUGCGAUGUCUGUAUGGAAGCUGGGGACGGUACCAAUCUCGUAAGAUGUGACGAAUGUGCCAAACGCUACCACUUCACGUGUUUGGAGCCGCCAUUGAACAAGAAUCCCAAGAAACGCGGCUACUCCUGGCAUUGCGCGGACUGCGAUCCGACGGAUAUCGAAGAAAACAACUGA